AUGGCGAUUGACAAGCUUGCCAAGUGGAUCGAGGUGAAGCUAGUGACUUGCCCCAAAGCAGACAGAGUACUCGACUUUCUCGACGAGAUUGUCCAUCACUAUGGCUUCCCCAAAUGCAUUAUCACAGACCUGGGUUCCAAUUUCAACAACCAAGAGUUAUGGGAGUACUGCGAGAACAGUGGGAUCGACGUCCGGUACAUCUCUAUUGCUCAUCCGCGGGCCAAUGACCAGGUUGAGCGCACCAAUGAGAUGUUAAUGGAGGCUCUCAAGAAAAGACUACACAACAUUGGAAAUUCUAAGGGGGCAAGUGGCUCAAGUAGCUAUCCCAAUGUCCACUGGGGGCUUCACACUCAAGCUUGCAAGCUUACAGGGUACUCACCCUACUUCCUAGACUACGGAUCAGAAGCCAUUCUCCCUGCCAGUCUCUAG